CUUUCAGCUUUGCACUAUACUAAGGUACCUAACAAGUACUCGAAGGCUAUGGCCACCAAUUAGCAUCACGCACGUUUGAUAUAAAAAAGCAGAAGUUUGGGACUGCAGCAUGAGUGUGAGGGCGCAGUGAGCCGCAGUGGCCGCUGGGGGAUGAUCGAGCUCUGUCGGCACUGGUCGUGGCCGCGCGAGGCUCCUCGGUAAUAACAGGCGCGCGCUACGGUAAACGAGCGAGAGCGAGCGGCGGCAGACGCACGGCGCGUCCACUUACUCAAUGCUAUUUCAUAUGACAUUAUUCAACUUUUCAUUCAUAUCGCUGCUUCACUGAUUUAUCCGUGCGCUCCGAGUGAGAAGCUUGCUUCAUUGGUUAAGUGCAUCUUUGCUUCUUGCGGUGCAUUUUUUUGUUUGGGUUUUUUUUUUUUUGGGCAUGGAAGAUGUGAUGUGCAGGUGAUGCGAGAUCCUGUUGAAUUGAGACACGGCGAGACGCAGCCCCAAAGUGGCAAGAUCCUGUUGGAUGCGAAUAAACUCGACUCUUGAGGAUGACAUGUUCUCUUGCUGCGUGCGUCGUGCGGGUUUUGGAUGCCCAGAGCAGGCGGGGAUUUUUGGGCAAACCUGGGAUUUACAUCCUCACCUAGCUCCGGCGUAUUGUGUUGGAGGUGGAAGCUAAGCAAAUAUUCUCCGGUCUUUUCUCAUCUGUCGCUGGCGUCAAAAUAAUUCCGUGAUUCAUUCGUAGCCAGUGGAGGGGCAGAGGACAGAACAGCACCCCACCACCAUCUCUACCUCCACCUCCACCACACACCCUCCUCCCUCAUCCCAAAGAUUGCAACCACAGAUCACUAACAGAACUCAAAGUCGCUUCUUCCUACAAGUAAAAACACCUCAGGUGGCGGUGAAAGGCGAAGACAUCAUUUACUCUUUUAAUAAUCUUAUGGAGGACUCUAAGGACCCCCUGUGGAUUUGGACACCGAUGCAACGCCAUACACAAAGGGUUCCUUAACCUUUACGCACUUGGACUCCAUGAUAUUACUGGACCUAUAUUUCAAGCUUAUGGACUCAGUUUAAUGAUUUCAGUGAAUGUUGCAUGACCAUAAAAUGAUAUUGUAAUCACCGUGCAUGUUGUGAGGAUUUUUUUUUUUUUGCCUCAGUGGACUUACAUCUUCCACAAGCCUCAUUGUGGCGUUCCAAGUGCAUUUAUGGACAUUGCUGCACUCACUUGAAGUCUUGACAAAUAACUGUAUUUAACUAUACGGUUACAAACUACACACCAAAAUGGAGUUUGCUAUGGUCGGAGCAGACAGCAGCGGGUGCAACCCUCACUUGCCGUAUGGAUAUGCCCAAGCACGCGCCAGGGAGAGAGAGCGCGAGAGAGAAAGGCAGUCACGCGCGGCGGCGGCAGCUGCAGCUGCAGCGUCCGAGGCCGGGGCGGCUGGAGAUGGAGGUAGCGGUGGCGGAGGUGGAGGCACCCACCCCUACGGUCAGCCAUAUCAGACUCGCACCGCCUCCUCUACUAAUGCCAACCAUGGAAGCGGAGGGACUGCCUCGCGCCCCUCCUCCUCCUCCACUCAGCAGGCGCAACAGCAGUACGAGCCACAGCAGCAACUUCUGAGAGAGCGCAAAAAGCAGAGAGGAGUCGCGCGCUGGAGGCGGCACCGCGCGGCUCUCGGAGGGGACCUGCGCCACUCUGAGUUGGCGCUUCUCGGAUCCGAGGAGGACGUUAUGAUAGAAGAGGACGAAGAGGCCGAGGGCGACGAAGAAGACGAAGACGGGGGAAGCAGAGCAUCGAGUUUUAUCUAUAACAUGGACGACGAAGAGACAGCGUCUCUCACGGACAGACGUCCACAGUCCGGAUACGAGAACGUUUACAGCGAGUACGGCUGCUGCGAGAGAGUGGUGAUAAACGUGUCCGGUCUGAAGUUUGAAACUCAGCUCAAGACUCUCGCCCAGUUUCCCGACACACUCUUAGGGGACCCCGCUAAGCGGAUCAGGUACUUCGACCCGCUGCGCAACGAGUACUUUUUUGACAGGAAUCGACCUAGUUUCGACGCCAUUCUGUAUUUCUAUCAGUCAGGGGGACGGUUAAAGAGACCCGUCAAUGUACCUUUCGACAUCUUUUCCGAGGAGGUCAAAUUCUAUGAACUUGGCGAAGAGGCCAUGAUGAAGUUCCGCGAGGACGAGGGUUUCGUCAAAGAGGAGGAAAAACCGUUGCCAGAGGAUGAAUUUAAGAGGCAGAUUUGGCUCUUGUUUGAGUAUCCCGAGAGCUCAAGCCCUGCCAGAGGCAUCGCCGUGGUGUCCGUUUUGGUUAUCGUCAUAUCAAUAGUUAUUUUCUGUUUGGAAACGUUACCAGAAUUCAGGGACGACAAAGAUUUCCUUAGCCCAGGUAAAAACGUGACGCAUACAGACAACGGAUUUACACCCUUCAACGACCCGUUUUUCAUUGUGGAGACCGUAUGCAUUAUCUGGUUCUCAUUUGAGAUCAUUGUGCGCUUUUUUGCUAGUCCGAGCAAAGCCUCUUUCUUCAAAAACAUCAUGAACUCUAUAGACAUUGUCUCCAUUUUGCCUUAUUUCAUAACUCUGGGCACGGACCUCGCGCAACAGCAAGGCAAUGGGCAGCAGGCCAUGAGUUUUGCCAUCCUGAGAAUAAUCCGACUAGUCAGGGUUUUCCGGAUCUUCAAGCUCUCUCGACACUCCAAAGGACUCCAAAUUCUCGGGCACACUUUGCGCGCGAGCAUGCGCGAGUUGGCGCUGCUCAUUUUCUUUCUCGUUAUUGGGGUGGUGCUCUUCUCCAGCGCUGUGUACUUCGCUGAAGCGGACGAGCCCAAGUCACAGUUCACGAGCAUCCCGGACGCUUUCUGGUGGGCCGUCGUUACCAUGACGACUGUGGGCUAUGGAGACAUGAAGCCCAUAACAGUCGGAGGGAAGAUAGUGGGCUCGCUGUGUGCCAUCGCCGGCGUCCUCACCAUCGCGCUCCCGGUGCCCGUCAUCGUUUCCAACUUUAACUACUUCUACCACCGGGAGACUGAUAAUGAUGACCAGACUCCUGCAGUUGAGUACCCGCCCCCGGGAUGCCCGUAUUUCCCGGAUUUCUUAAAAAAGUUUAAAGGAUCUCCGUCCGGAUCCUCACUGGGCGACAAAGCAGCCGAGUACAUGGAAAUGGAAGAAGGCGUCACGGAGUCACUUUGCGGCAUAGACAAGCAGAGCCCGAGUAGAGGGAAUGGCACGGACAUUGGCAGGAGAAACAGCACACAUUCAAGAAGCAUACAGACAGAUGUAUGAUUAAAAAUAUCACACUGAUGACUUUCUGUGGAGGGUUUCGUGAAGAUGAUUGCACAAUUCACUUAUCAGCACACAUGCACGCCCAAGUGCGCAAGUCGCGAGCUUGGACGCACACCCCCACACAAACGCGCGUAUUAACAGACAUGCACAAAAAGCACGCACGCACGCACGCACGCAGGCACACGUUUAAUUUCCUAUGGACCUAGGCUGAAACAUUCUUUGCAAUGUGGCUACUUUUCUAGAGAAACACACCCUGUAAUCGAAUAACAGGCAACGCAAAAAUCACCAGCUUUACGUAACAUGGGGAGGUGUGAGUUCUGGCCCAUCUACACCGUAGGCAGACUUUCCCGGUUUAGCAGAAAGGAACAAACAAGUAUUUUGCAUAGGCACUUUAUAAGUUACAUUUGUCAGAAGACGUCAAUGUUAGAACAGAGAAGAGAGCUGUUAACGUAAGGUUGUUAUGCAAUAAAGUUUAAAUCAUUUGCACUAUCAUUAAAUAUGUUCUAUUCUCAAACCAGAUUAUAAUCCAGAGAUUACCAGACACACGUCUAUGAGAGAGAGAGAGAGAGAGAGAGAGAUUUCAAUAACUGUUUAGUAACAGCUGUUAAGAAGUACAUGAGCAGACAAUAUCUCAUAUUUUAUGGAAACUCAGCAAAUUAGUUUGUCAGCAGCACGAUGCCACAAUAAACUGCCCUCUGGUACAAUUAAUUUAAACUUAAUUUAUUCACUACAUUCAAGUCAGAGGCAUUGAAAGUUUAUUUUAAGAGCGUUAAACAAAUCAGCCAUUUUUCCAUGUUAAACAUUUUUGUCACAAUUCUGGGAUCAACACCUAAGUGUAGAUGUCACCCCUUAGACAUUACUCGGCUAAAAUACCGGUACUGCAUCUCAAAAUAAUUACCAUGCACAAGGGUCUCUGACGCCAUGGCUGAGAAGGGACAGUCCUGUCAUUUGGGUCAUAGCUCUGCCACGGGAAUACGUUUUUAUUUUAGAAGGGAAUGCUUCAUGCAACUGUUUACUUUGCGUCCCUUUAACCAAAAUGACAGUGCAAUCCUUUUACAAGGACGCCUCCGGGAAUAGAAACCACAACAACAGCUCUCGUGGAAACAUGAACUGGCGCUCCGCACUUGUGCUGCGGUGGACUUUAUGCACAAAAAAAAAAAAAAAAAAAUUCACCUCUGGAUGGAAAACCGGUCUUCCUGGAGCGCGCAGGGACGACACGGUCUCACCGGAGCGCCUCAUUGUGCAAGUGUGUCUUGUCCGUCGGAAUUGAAGGCGUCGUUAAACUGAACUCCCCAUGCAAAGGACCCACGCUGACAGAGCUGUCAGAGAGAACAGAGAUCGGAGGAACCAAAUAAACCUGACCCAGAGAGACCACUGCUGGACAGUAGAGGAUAGCGAGGACACUGCUUGCUCUCCCUUCACCUGUAAGACAGGAAGUCCAUCUUCAUGCCAGGCGUCAGUCACUGUUUAAAUCCUGUCCCUGAUGAAUGCCUUAAAGACACAACUCACUACAUCUCUGCGCAAGAGGGAUACACAGUAGGAGUCUUCUCAACAAAAAACAAAACAAAACAAAAAAAGCUUGAUGGGUUUUUUUUUUUUUGACAUUUUUUUUUCACUUGUGAACAUGUGUCUUGUAUAAAAACAGAUGUGGAUAUUUUAAUAUAAUAGAGAAAUAUUUGUUUGGUUGUAAUGUGGACACUGGUUUCCAUUAGGUGGGAUUGGUAAUAGAAUCACAAUGCAAAGCAAAUCAGGCUCUGCUCUUUGUCUUAAAUGUGUAGUUUUUAAUCUCCUUCUGUUUCAACCAAAAACUGCACUCUGAAAUGGCCUGGUGUUAGCUUGAAGUUUGUCCCAAGGCCAUUCAUUAGCAGUGUAUUCAUGCAGCAAGAAAAAAGAAGAAAAAUAAACACUCCCCUUGUCAUUGAAUUCAGUAGUCAUGCCACUGCAGGCAGAGCAAGAGCUAGCAUCUUAACAGCUAUAAAUUCUUAGCAGAUGUGUAUUUUGUAUUUAAAAGUGCUGUAAGAUCCAGUCACAAACAUGCAAGUGUUUAGAGUACAUCAAUAUGUAUAAAUAUUUCUAGCACACAAUUAAUGUAAAGCAAACAAACAAGCAAGGAGCUACAAGAUCUCCUCAGGAAUGAAUGCAGUAUGUAGGUACCGGUUACAACAUGAAGGCUUUUACUGCCAGGUGUGAUGUUUGGCUUCAUGUGUAUGAGUUCAUUCUUGGAAGUGUGCCGAAUGCUCAGAUGGCAGGCUCGGCCUGCUGGUAACUGCAGUGCUGUAUACGUGCAUAAACAACAAACAUUACUUUCACGCUGUCACAAGGGAUAUCUGCAGAGGCUCAGGUUUGAAUAUUAUGAAUUAGGAGGGGUUUUAAACAUGCGGCUUGGCAACAGUUCAAUACGGAGUGCAAUAUACUGACACCGGGCCUCAUUUAUCAAGCUGGAUAUGAACUCAUUUAUUUGUAAACUGUUUCAGGAAAAUCCCGCAUUCGAACCCUACAAGAGCUCCUGAGCUUCUGUCAAAUUAUGUAUACUAAUGGACUCGCUAAUGUGAAGCUUAAUUGAUCUUCUUCAAAUUGUAUAAUUGGAGUGAAGCUAUAUUUGUGGGUUGUGCCGGCGAUUCGAAAUCGCUAGAAUUCCGCAAAAAAUUUACUCGUCAUGCUAGGAGCUAAUUCACGGCUUAUUAGCAUGGCCUGUGUCAAAUGUUGCCAACAUUUUGGCAUUAGGAAUUUUUUUUUAAUUCAGUUCUACAGGUCUACAAACCCAUGCACAUGCAGUUCGACUAAAACCAUUGAUAAAUGCGGUCCACUCUGUACAUUUAAUAUUUUAUUAGGAUGCAUAACAUUUGCUUAUGUUUCUUUAAAAGAAUACUCCAGUGCUUUUCAGUAUAAAAUCAUACCCAUCUACCACAUCUGAUUACCACAGAUAACAUUUUGAUUUUACCCUGUGCUGAGAAUGAGCAAUGGGGAAUUUUUACUUGAAAGGCACCAGGAAAAUCGAAGGACGGUCAACUCCAUCAAUAGACAUUUAGACGAAAAACACUUUUACUAAUUUUCUCGGUGAAAGGUGUUUAUAAAUGAAGCUCUAUAUGGAUGUCAGUUUUCUAUUUACAUAUGGGAUUACUUUUUAUUUUUAUUUUUGCCAGAUGGUAGAAUCACAAAUACUUUGAGAAGUCUUUAUGUAUUGCUUUAGCGUUUAAAAGGUGGAUAUGGUGUUUAAACAGUAUCUUGACCUGUGCACUUAGCAGUUUCAGCUAGCAUGAGGUGUUUCCUUCUGUGAGACCUAUUCCUAGAAGUCAUUUUUGAGAUAUAAGUAGAGAGGGUUAAGAUGUAUGUUUCCAAAAAACUAUGAUUGUUCACACACUUUCUUCUGGAAACAGACCAUGAGCUCAGGUUGGUCAUUCUUGUACACAAAGAUAGGAACAAUAAAAAAAUACUAUUUAAACACCACCACUGGAUAAAAAUAAAUAAGAACUUUCUCCUAUGUCAGUUUUAUGAUAUGUUUAUUGUCUAGAUAGAGUUUGAUUUUUAAUCUCAGGUUAUAGAAUCACAUAGUUUAAAUGUUUAUUGAUGGAACCGCCCUUAGACUUCUAUUAUAAGUCAGUAUGUAAUUUAUUGCUUUAUCUUACACGAUGUCUGUGGUAAUCACACAUAUGCAGCAGAUGCAGUGUAUGGAGUAUUCCUUUAAUACCAAGAAUACCAGUAAACUGUAUAGCUAAAGCCAUAAACGGCAAAAGUAUGCUUAAACUAAAACUACUAUACUGCAUUUAGAAUUUUGAUUUGACAAAUCGUUGCCUUGUGAAAAAAAUCCAACAGCACAAUAAGCCAAUGUAGUUACAUUCCUUGCAGUUGUGUUAUUGUCUCAAAACACUGAGCCUGGACUUUCUGACUGCUCUAACAGACAUUUAGGCACUGACACUAAAUUCCGUUAAAGCAAUCGGAUCAGCCGUCGCUGUUGGUCCGUGCUUUGCACUGCCUCUUCUUUUAUUGUCGUUAUCUACUGAGCAGUCCACCUCAUUCCUUAAAGUACAGGGAGAUACAAGCCGAGUGUACGAGUCUGAGGAAUCAAGGGCAAAACCCUUCCACAGUGUUUAGCAUCAAUUUUUAACUGGCGCUUGUACAACCUUAUACUCGAGUGUGUGCCCUCACGUAGACGGCAACAAAUUACAGUAUCACACAGUGACAGCACAACAACAAUGAUAUUGUUCCCCCCUGAAAUGUACAUACAGGCUCAUGCUGGCUGGCAAAGCAUUUUCUGAAGGAAGAGGCAGUCAAAAGCUGUUUGUUAAUAUUUUCAAAGCCCACAGUUCUCUCUCUCUCUCUCUCACUCCCUGUGUCUCUCUCUCUCUCUUUCUCUCCUCUUGCCUAUCUGACACCUUCAGCCAUGCAUGCAGACAUGAACUUAUGCACACUAUCUCACAUUCCCAAUUCUCUCCUGAUUUCGAUCGAGUCCUCCCUCGCACUCACCCCCCCUCCCCCUCGCACCCUCUCCAACCUCUCCGUUUCUCAGCUACAAUUCCACCUGAUGGAUUCUGCUCAGAAUAUAUCAACCUGUGGGAGAUGUACAGAGACGUGUGAACUGAAAUAUAUUUGAAUUCAUAGAGAUAUCCAAAAGGAUGGAGCGGCUGCUUUGUUGUCAUGAAAAUGCAUUCAUCUUUAUGCAAAGCACUUAUGGAGGUGUAUUAUCUAUUUUUUUAAAUCUAGCCUUGCCUCUUAUAUAACCAAAGUUGAAUUCAGAUCUGUUCUAUGUUUGGGACUCUUUUUUAGUUAUUUUAGAGAUACAGACCUAGUGAGGAUAGAUACACACUGAACACAGCAUAUUUACAUAAGCAGAUGUCUAUUUUAAGAAGUCAUGUCUACUUUUUUGACUGUUAGGCAUCUCCAGCCCUAAGAACCCAGAUUUCCUUGAUAUUCUUGUUUUUACACUCUGUGAUCCUUAAAGCAUCUAGUUAUAAAUGCUAGUUUUACCAACUCUCUCUUUUUCUGUCUCUCUCUCUCUAACUUUCCGUUUGUCCCUUUUUGAUAGCCAACAAGUCGUCCACCAGAUCUUUCCAUCCACCUGAUCCAAAACGCGUGAGUGGGUCAGCGCUGGACAGCUAAGCGCAGGGUUUCGUGUCACGUCACCUUUAGAGCUGCAUGUGACAAACCGUGUAAAUAUGUUUCCUCAGGAGUGAAUUGAUUGGGAGCAUCAGGACAGAGGUGAAUGAGCGUGAAUGGUUUAUACUGCCAGGUGUGGUGGAGAUCUUGUUGAGGCUGGAGAGCCAAUCACAGGGCUACGUGUUGCAUCACAUGUUGUAGACCUGCAUGUGACCUAACCUUGUAAAUACGCGCUCGCAAGAUAAUGAUGUCAUCAUGGCACGUUGCUCUGGGCUCCCUGCUGCGGCGAUAGCGACAAGCUCCUUACCAACCCACGAUGCAAUGCGCAUGACUCUCAUUGUACAUUCAGUCAACAGCCAAGAAUUACUAGUGAAGGAUCUGUGUGACCAUGGACGCUCGGCCGGCCUGCGUAGAUUGACCGAGCAGUUUAUAGAGUUAGAGUGGCUUGAAGAAAGAGGAGAAUUUCUUGUUCAGACAAAUUAGACAGCACAUUUUGAUUUGAUCAGCUGAUGUUUAGAUAUAGCUUUAUGUUCGAUGUUCGAAUCUGUUACUUCUGCAAAUAAUAUUGUCCAAUAAAACUCAACCAAGGUGAAGAGAUUUCGAAAAGCUUGUAUAGAUGAUACAACACACGAAUCUAGCACCAUAGAGUUCUGCCUUAUCCCAGAUAUCUCUCAACACAACUUAGAGAUAAUUUGGAUUACAAAUUGCCUUCCAGUGACGUUAUAGCUGUUGUACAAUUCUGCAUGGAACCUUUAAAGUUUGUCCCAAAGAGACAAGCCAAAGAAUUCAAAGAGAAUUUACGAUAUUUAUCCUUUUCAACCUUUUUUUUUUGUUUUUUUUUUCCUCCCGAAGUAAGUACAUAUAGUGCUUCAGCAAUUGCACUAAAAAAACUGCAGCGAUUAAAUUAUGAAAUUAUUCUCAACGUGAAUCAAACUUUCUAUAGCAAGUGUAUACACAUAGAGAUAUAUUUUACUAUACCAUAUAAUCUAUAGUAUGGUCCAAAAGUUAUUUUUGUUCUACUUAUUUUUAUUUAUUUUUUUUAUUACAAGACCAUAAAGUGAAGUUGAUGAUAAAAGAGAGGCAAAAAUGUAGUCAUUUGUAUUAUCAUGAAUGUAGUUAAUGAAGCGUCUGCUAAGUAUGCAAUGUCUGCACUUUUAAGAGUGAAAAAGGUUUGCGAACAGCUCUCGUACAAGAUGGUACUCGGUUAACUGUGAAGAGACUUUAGAUAAAGUUUUAUUUGAAUUUUAAGAGGAAGAGCAAAUAUAUUUAAACAUUAAAUCAACUCAAGGGGUGUGCAUUACACUGAUUUUUACAGUGGCGCAAUGUAAAGCCUUAAGUGGCUUAUUCAGUAAAAUCAUUUCAGUAAAAUUAUUACCGAUUCUUAAAAAACACAGAAAUCUUCCACAACAGGAAUAACAGACUAACAUUAGGGGAAUUCUCUGGACACAAAGUGUGACUAAUUCGGAUUUUAGCACCAAACCGAUCCAUUUUAUUUAGUUAAUUUUUGCACUGAGACUUUUUUUUUUUUUUGCUAAUUUGACAAGCUGUGAAUUAAAAGCAGAUUUUCUUAAUAGACUCAGACUUUUGGACCACACUGUACAUGGUGUACUAGUCAGUGAGGCAUUUUUCCACCAGUCAUUCCAAAGGGACAGAAUAAUUCACAAAGGACGCUAUUGCCUGACUGCUCCCCGCUUCACUCUCCAUGGUAACAAGCCAGACCAAACGCUGCAUGCUGGAAAAGAUCUCUUUCAAUCAGCUGAUCGUUUUACUCGCUCUAUCAUAUCAUAUGCCUCAAAGCCCCUCUGUCAUCACACCCUCACAGACACAAACCCGAGUCAGCUCGGAAAUUCUCCUCACAAGCACAGCGAGACGCUCGCACCAGAAACGCCUGGUGCAAAUUGGUUUUGCUUGUUGAUAUCCACAUGGACUUUUGUUGACGUCCUAUGCACAGCUCUGUGGGCUGACGUUUCUGUGUGUUGUGUCAUCUCUCGGGCUUCGUCACAAACAGCGAGUCUGGAUGCUGAGAUGCACCUGGUGUACCAAACACCGCGCAGGAAGUGUAUAAUAUCAUUAUCCAGAAAUAUCCACAUGCUCCUUUUGUUCAUGUGGGUUGAAGGCAACACUUGCCUUUCUUUUAUGCAUGAUGCUUUGUUUUUCGGAAAAAAACGUGCAUCCCAAAUAAAAAAAAAAAACCCUGACGUGUUUGUGUUACCCUUCUUUAGGUGCUGCUUUGGUAAAUUUGGGACCCUCCAAUUUUCGGUUUCCACUGUUUGAAUUUGUUUCUUUGGUAAACCAUCAGUCGUUCUUCUGGGUUUUUCUACAUUCUUAACAUUUUUGUAAGCAGCAAUAUGAGAUGUGAUGGAAAUGGAAUUAUGUGCAAUGUUUAAAUAAAAAACA